AUGGCCGCAGCAUCUGUUAACAAGACUGGCGGAGACCACUUGAUGCAUAUCGAGGUAGGGCAGGGUUCCGACAGCAGGAACCCAGGCCACGAAAUCGGCAUCAUGCUGGACGACCGUGUUGUGACCCUAGACAGCGACGAACUGCGUGACCAGGUGGCAGCCCAAGUCAAAAAAGAACAUCUCAGCUUCACCUCUGCGGCAUCCCUUCAACUUUUCUUUUUUGAUUCUUGGGGCACUGGUUUCGACAGCUCUUUGAUGGGAGCAAUGAACUCUAAUGACCGCUGGCAUAGCGACCUCGGUAUUCCCAAAACUGGAGGGUAUCUGGGGAUUGUCACCGCCAUCUACACAAUUGGCAACCUCGUUGGUUCUUUCGUAGCUGGUCCCGUAUCGGACAGAUACGGGCGACGAAUCGGGAUGUUUGUAGGCUCAGUUGUCGUCUUGGUCGGGGCUAUCGUCAUGUCCACUGCGCAGACGUCCGGCGCGUACAUGGCUGGUCGCUUUUUAUCCGGCUUCGGAGUCGCAUUGGUCAGGUCGGCUGCGCCAGCCUUCGUGACGGAGAUCGCGCCUCCUCAGUGGCGAGGACCCGCUACGCUCCUCUACAACUCUCUCUGGCUUAUUGGAGCAAUCUUGGCCAGCGGUGUGGCCUACAGUACCGGUCCACUAAACUCCAGUAUGUCCUGGAAGAUACCUCUGAUUCUGCAGGUAAUUCCGUCAGCUAUUGUCGUCAUUUUCAGCCUCUUUCUCCCGGAGUCACCUCGAUGGUUGGUUGCCAAUGACCGUUAUGAGGAGGCCAGGGAGCUACUAGUGAAGUAUCACGCGGGCGGCAAUGAGAAUUCACCGCUUGUCGCGCUCGAAAUGGCGGAGAUGCGAGCGAGCAUUCGGCAGCAGGCUUCUGAUAAGCGGUGGUAUGACUACUCCGAAUUGGUCAACAGCAAGUCCAGCCGCUAUCGAACGUUCCUGGUUUUCUCCAUGGGUUGCAUUGGGCAAUGGGGAGGAUCAAAUCUCACGGGUUACUACCAGGCCAAUAUCCUUCGAAGUAUUGGCGUGGAGGCGCAGGCUUCUCUUCUCGCCUACAAUCUUGGCUACUACGUUGCGGCACUCGGAGGCGCGACUAUCGGUUCACUCACCUGCGAUAUGGUCGGUCGACGUAAGCUGUUGAUGUUUGGCUGCCUGGCCAUGUGCUGCUGCCUAGUGGCCUUGACGGGCCUGACAUCCCAGUACCAUUCCACCCAGUCAAGCUCGGUAUCGAACUUGACGAUUGCAUUCAUCUUCUUCGUCGGCAUCUUCCAUAGUGGUGGUAUCAAUCCUUUGGUCGUGGCUUAUCCUGCCGAAUGUCUCCACACAAACACUCGCGCCAAGGGCAUGGGCUUGAACAAUUUCACUCUCAAUGUCGCCGAAUUCGUCAACACCUACGGUGCACCCAUUGCACUGGCCCGCAUGGGGUGGCGAAUUUACAUCAUCUACGCCGUGUGGAAUGUGGUGCAAACUGCUUGGAUCUACUUUUUCUUCGUCGAAACAAAAGGCCGUACUUUGGAGGAGCUGGACGCUAUAUUUGAGUCGAAAAAUCCUGUCAAAGAGUCAUUAAAGAAGGUGAAACUUGUUGAACCUGUUACUUCUGCGCAGGUCAAGGGCGUGGAGGUCUGA